UAUAACAUUCCUUCGUAGCAAAUUUAUAUCAGGUGCACAAUAAUCUAUAUUCAUUUCUUUAAACAAAUUUAUAGAUGUUUAUUUGUAGUUACUUAUAGUUACUUUUUAAUAUUUUAUAUCAUAGUUACUUUUUAAUAUUUUAUAUCAUAUAUAUGUUUUAUUUUUAAUUUAAUAUUUUAUAUUAAUUAUAUUUACUUUAAAAUAUUUUAUUACAAUGCUACGUUCUUCAUUAAAUCGAACUUGGCAACAAAUUAAUCGUAAUUUAGGAAAUAAUACAGGAAUAAAAUGUAAACGUCUAGAAGAAAAAGUAGCAAUUGUUACAGCAUCAACAAGUGGUAUUGGUUUUGCAAUAGCAAAACGUUUAGCUGAAGAAGGUGCUAAAGUAGUAAUUAGUAGCCGUAAAGAAUCAAAUGUACAACAAGCUUUAAAACAACUUAAGUCUGAAGGUUUAAAUGUUUAUGGUACUAUAUGUCAUGUUGGCAAAAAUGAAGAUAGAAAAUCUCUUCUUGAAAAAACUAUACAAAAAUUUGGUGGUUUAGAUAUUUUAAUAUUAAGUGCUGGCACAAAUCCAAAUCCAUGUAAUCUUUUUGAUACAUCAGAAUUAUUAUGGGAUAAAAUUUUUGAUAUCAAUCUUAAAAGUACAUUUCUCCUAAUGAAAGAUUCUUUACCAUUUUUGAGAAAGAGCAAAUCAGCAUCAAUAACACUUUUAUCUUCAAUAGCAGCAUAUUCACCAUUAGAAUUAUUAGGUGCAUAUUCCAUUAGCAAAACAGCAUUAUUAGGACUUACACAAAUGGCUUCUGUAAGUCUUGUAUCUGAAGGAAUUAGAGUCAAUUGUAUAGCUCCUGGUAUUAUAAAUACUAAAUUUUCACAAAUACUUCGUGAAGGUGAGUUACAAAAAAUACUGUUAUCAAAAAUACCAAUGCAAAAAUAUGGUAGUGUAAAUGAUGUAGCAGGAAUUGCUGCAUUUUUAGCAAGUGAUGAUGCUUUAUAUAUUAGUGGUGAAACUAUUAUUGCUGCUGGUGGAUUCACAUGUAGACUUUAAGUAUGUUUUAUAUUGUUGAUACAUCAUAAAAAUUUUAUUAUUUGAUAAAGAUUAUAUUAUUUGAAGUUACAAGUUAAUUAUAAACUAGGAAAUACAUAUUAAUAUUUUUAGUAAAAUUUUGUAAU